AUGGAGAGUAAGUUUCUAUAAUAAGCUAUAAUUAUUUGAAAUAAUUAAUUAUCAGCUCCUGGUAUAAUUUUCACAUGUCUCGCAAUUAGUCUACUUCUUCUACUUCUGAUAUGCGGUUUAUGCGUCUGUUUAUUCUACCCAUCGAAGAAAAUCACGAAACAAAGAUAUGUUGAACCUCCUAGACGAAUAGAACCUUUUCCAACUGUUUCACAAACAGUUGAACCUAAAAGGAUAAUAAUACCAUCGGAAAUCACUCCAGUAACUCCAAAACAAGAAUUUCAGCGGCUUUCAAGACCGGCAAAUUUAGAAAUCAUUGAACAGCCGAAAAUAGUACAAAAUGCAUUUGCUGUUGAAACGUAAGAGUCAUAGAUAUUUCCAAACCUAAUUAAGAAUGAAUACACUAUUUUCAGUGAUCAUGCAACAGAACAUUUUCUACGAGAAAUGUCUGAACCAAGUGAAAAUCGAACAAGAUUAAUCGAAGAUGAGUUUGAGGUAACUGAUUAUCGCAAAAAUAUAGAAAUGAAGCUUGUUUUUUCAAGGUUUUAUCAAAAACAGAGGCAAGAAGAACAACAAAAAGUGGAGAAAAAGCGGCGAGACAUCGUUCCUCGAAUAGAUACGCAGACAUUGUUCCGUGUCAGUUUUUUGGAUUAUUAUAGGCUAAGUGUACUUAUUGUUGUUUUCUUGUUCUUUGCGGAAAAAAGUUGCCAAUGAUUUUGAAAAUCAACAAACAACUGUCGAGAAAUAAAACUCACUUUUUCUCACGGAUCAUUGGAUAAGUCGAAUAACCGAAUCAUGUGUUUUCGAGAAACGAGGAGGAUAUUUCGCAUUUUCACAUUAUUCAGAAAUGAAUCAAAAAAUUCUACCGAAAAAACGUGACUUUACACGUUUUUAUUAGUGAAGUUCAUCACUAGGUUUUCAAAAAUUUAACAAUUUUCUAUUGAAAAAAAGGCUAAAUUACCUUUCAGAUGACCAUACAAUUGUUCCCCUACGAAAAGAAAACUACAUAAAUGCUAAUUUCAUUCAUGGCGAAAAUGACCCUCUACGCUGGAUUGCAACACAAGCUCCGAUUGGAAUCGAAGAAGGGAAAGGAGUGGAUACCGUUCCAGAUUUUUGGCUAAUGGUUUUACAAAACAAUGUGGAAUGCAUAGUUAUGCUUACCGAUAUUUUCGAGAACUUUGAGGUAUUUUUAAAGUUACGUAAAUAUGCUUCUUCUAAAUACAAAUCUCAUUUCAGCAAAAAUGCGCAGAGUAUUUCCCAAAGAUUGUAGGAGAGGGAAUUAGGUAUGAGGAAGGUGUAACUGUUAGUUUGGUAUCAGAAUCGGAAGAAGGACGAAUUGUUCAUCGAGAAUUCGAUGUUUAUUCGGCAAAUCGAAGUAGUCAAGUAUCACACUAUCAAUAUAAACAUUGGAGAGAUAAUGAUGCUCCGGAAAUUUCGAGUUUUCUUGAUUUCCUUCUUCUAAUCAGACAAAGACAAUUUAAAAGUCCUAUAGUUGUUCACUGCAGGUAAAAAACUAGUAACGUAUAAUAUAUUAUGUAAAUCAAUAACAUUUAGCGCUGGAAUCGGUCGAACUGGUGUCUUCAUUUGCAGUGACAAUGUUAUCUCACGUAUUCGAAACGAGGGAAUCAUCGAUAUUUUCAUCGAAGUCAAUCGCGCUCGUCAACAAAGACCUAGCAUGGUUAAUACUUUAGCUCAAUAUGAAUCUAUUUAUGAUAUUAUUGCACUAUAUUUAAGGCGAUAUUAUAGAUAA